CUGUAAACAAGGGAAUGAAAAACUCAGAGAAUGGAGUGAUGUAAACGUGGAGCUAAACUAUACAAACAAUGGUAAAACAAACGAUUCAAAUCUUUGCCCGUGUUAAACCGACAAAGAAACCCAUCUCGGUGUACACUGUAGACUGUGAGGAGCAGGGUGGCAGUUUGGAGUUUGGAGUUCCCAGAGACUUGGCAGAUGGUUUUAUCAACAACAAGAGGGAGAACUACAAAUUCAGGUUUCAAAAGAUUUUUGACCAAACAGCCAGUCAAGAGGAAAUCUUUGAUGCCAUUGCAAAGCCUGUAGCUGAUAAUGUGCUGGCAGGUUUUAAUGGAACCAUCUUCGCCUAUGGGCAGACAGGAAGUGGUAAGACCUUCACCAUCACUGGAGGUGCAGAGCGGUACAGUGACCGAGGGAUCAUCCCCAGAACGCUGUCAUACUUGUAUCAGCAUUUCAGCAAGGACAGCAGCAUGGUCUAUUCAACCCACAUUUCUUACCUGGAAAUCUACAAUGAGUCCGGCUAUGAUCUCCUGAAUCCCCAACAUGAGGCAUCUUGUCUAGAGGACCUACCGAGGGUGACAGUUAUGGAAGAUCCAGACCAGAACAUUCACCUCAAGAACCUGUCGUUACUACAGUCAGCCAAUGAAGAGGAGGCUUUGGAUUUGCUUUUCUUAGGGGACACUAAUCGUAUGAUUGCAGAGACUCCCAUGAACCAGGCUUCUACACGAUCACACUGCAUCUUUACCAUUCACCUGUGUAGCAAAGUGCUGGGGUCAGCCACUGUACGACAUUCCAAACUUCACCUGGUGGACCUGGCUGGAUCUGAAAGAGUUGGAAAGACAGGUGUUGAGGGUCAGAUCCUCACUGAAGCCAAAUACAUUAACCUUUCCCUUCACUAUCUGGAGCAGGUCAUCAUAGCCUUGUCGGAGAAGAAUCGAUCUCACAUUCCCUACCGCAACUCCAUGAUGACCUCUGUGCUCAGGGACAGUUUGGGUGGCAACUGCAUGACCACCAUGAUCGCUACAGUGUCUGCAGAGAAGAGGAACAUUGACGAGUCUAUAUCCACCUGUCGUUUUGCUCAGAGAGUGGCUUUGAUUAAGAAUGAUGCCUUGCUCAAUGAAGAGUUGGAUCCUGCUCUGUUGAUUGUCCGUUUGAAGAAGGAGAUCCAGUCUUUGAAGGAAGAGCUGGCUCUGGUGACUGGAGAGCAGAGGAGUGACGAGUUAACCCAAGAAGAGAUCCUGAAGCUAGAAGAGCAGAUAAGGGUGUUUCUGGAAGACCCUGACCCUGAGGUAACAUUAGACCUGGGGCCUGAUAUGAAGAAAAUCUACGUCUGUUUCUCUUUGCUAAAGGCAAGAGUGCAAGAUGGACCCUGUACUCAGAAUGGAUUGGGUAAAGGCAGCAAUACUUCUCCAGGACUAUUUGAUGUGGAAGAGAGCCAAAAAAACACAGAAGUCCAGACACUGAGGGACAUAUUGACCCAGCGUGAUAAUGAGAUCAGUAUAUUAGUGAGCAUGCUCAAGAAAGAAAAGAGGAAAGUUCAAGAAGUCACUUCCCAGCUAGCCCAGUUCCAUAAUCAAAAGCCAUCACUCCACAAUUCAUCACAGUCAUCCACAACCCUACAAGCAGAAGAGUGUGACAUGCAUUCUCGGCAUCUGAUGACCAGAAAACGAGCACCAGAACUGUCUGUGGGUCAGCAGGAGGCAUUUGAAGUCUUUCUGAGGGACCAUGAAGACCGUUCAGCUUUUGAAGAUAACAUCGCCAUACUGAAACAUAGGUUUGCUGAAGCCAAGACACUUGGAGAGCAAGUUAACCACAUCAGGAUCCAAGUCAAUGAGCUAAAGACACAGCUGAAAAUGAGACGAAUGCAAGUGGCAGCCCAAGGCUUAGCAGGGGACCAAACAGAAUCAGAGUCAGACCCUGUAGAGGACAGAAUCCUUAACCGGAUAGAGGAGGAGAAGAAAAAUUACAAGAUCACAUCUGGACAUUUAAAAGGGCUGAAGACUGAGAUUGAACAUCUACAGCUGUUACGAGAAAAGUCCAAAGUGAAACUUCAAUUAGAAUUUGAGGAAUGGUGGACCCAGGAGACCACCAGGCUGCAGGGUCAUCGUGCACAGAACUCAGGACACAGUCACACCAGCCCUCUCAGCAGCAUGUUAAUCAGAGACACAAAUUCAAAAGGUUAUGACACCGACCCUGAGGAGAGAAGACAAAAGGAGCAAACUUCUUUCUAUUCCAGAGAUCAGAGAAAUGGAGACAAUACAUCCAAUCCUGUGACCACCACAAAAUUGAGAGCUUUGCCCUCAACUGGCAUCUCAUCAACCUCUAUACCUCUAACUGGAGAUAAACAGACUGAUGCUGAUAUAUUGGCCUUUGUCAAAGCCAGACACAACCUACUAAACAGGACAGGAGUGGCAAAAUAAGAACACUUAAUGCCUAGAGGAGGACAAGCAAUGCAACUUUGGGCCAUGCUGAUCUCUAAAGGAAAUAUUUAUGACACCUAAACAUACAGUAUGCCACAAAAAAAACCUUCAGGCUCAGAGGGAGAUGUGUGUAUGACAAAAUUAAAAGAAUCACUUUGUUAAACCUCUCCAUUUAAAAAUUGGCUGGUUAACGACCUUUUAUCUUUUAGUAGAGAACAUGCUGGAAAUGAAAGGCUGGAUGGACGGGUGAUACAUUUGCAUAACAAACAUAAAUCAUUGGUGAAGGCACUCAUCUCACAUGAGCAAAUGUUUUUAGAAGCUAUUGUAAAGUGUUAACCUGAUCAGAUAUCUGUUACCCUGCCAAUAUAGUCUUAGUUACAAAGAGAUUAAAUCCUUUUCUUUGUUUGUCUUUGUUUCUGGCAUUUUAAUUUAAUGUCUGCUCUAUAUAAAAGUCUUGCUAUAAAGCAAUAUCACAAAUUUCCAUCAUUUUAUUAUUUUAUGUCUUUGUUCCACUAUAAAGCUGUCUGGCUUCUUUAUUUCCCUUUCUUUUGCAUAAAGAUAUUUUCAUUUUGGCCUAUGAUGGUCUUUUUUGCCUGACUCUGAAUAUAUGUGUUUGAGCAAUAAUGUGCUGAACAGUCAAUUGCAUAUGGAAGCAGCAGUUGGACAUGGAUAAAUAAUA